ACCCACUUCCACCAAAACAGAUCGACACACACAUAGAGCUGAGGACGGUCGGGAGGAGCGCUCUUCUUCUUCAUCAUCAUCCUCAUCAUCCUUCUCCUCCUCCUCCUCCUCACAGCUGAAGAUGGCGGACCCGGCCGAGUGCACCAUCAAAGUCAUGUGCCGUUUUCGGCCUUUAAACAGUUCGGAGGUGAUGAGGGGAGACAAAUACAUCCCCUCAUUUCAAGGAGAGGACAGUGUGGUCAUCGGGGGAAAGCCGUAUGUGUUUGAUCGCGUGUUUCAGUCGAACACUACUCAGGAGCAGGUUUACAACGCUUGCGCUCAGAAGAUUGUUAAAGAUGUCCUUGAGGGUUAUAACGGUACAAUAUUUGCCUAUGGACAAACUUCAUCUGGAAAAACACACACUAUGGAGGGAAACCUGCACGAUUCAGAUUGCAUGGGCAUCAUUCCUCGGAUCGUCCAGGAUAUUUUCAACUACAUAUACUCCAUGGAUGAAAACCUGGAAUUCCAUAUCAAGGUCUCCUAUUUCGAGAUCUACCUGGACAAGAUCAGGGAUUUGCUGGAUGUAUCUAAGACCAACCUGUCUGUACACGAAGACAAGAACAGAGUCCCUUAUGUAAAGGGUUGCACUGAACGGUUUGUUUGUAGCCCGGAGGAAGUAAUGGACACCAUUGAUGAAGGCAAAUCCAACAGACAUGUGGCUGUCACAAACAUGAACGAGCACAGCUCCAGGAGUCACAGUAUCUUCCUGAUAAACGUCAAGCAAGAAAACACUCAGACGGAGCAGAAACUGAGUGGGAAACUCUAUCUGGUGGAUUUAGCUGGAAGCGAGAAGGUCAGUAAAACUGGAGCAGAGGGCGCUGUGUUGGAUGAAGCCAAAAAUAUUAACAAAUCUCUUUCCGCUCUGGGCAACGUCAUCUCAGCUCUGGCUGAAGCAACGACAUACGUUCCCUACAGAGACAGCAAGAUGACCAGGAUCUUGCAGGAUUCUCUGGGUGGAAACUGCAGGACCACUAUAGUGAUCUGCUGCUCUCCAUCCUCCUUCAACGAGGCUGAGACCAAAUCAACACUCAUGUUCGGACAGAGAGCAAAGACCAUCAAGAACACAGUGUCAGUGAAUGUGGAGCUGACAGCAGAGCAGUGGAAGAAGAAAUAUGAGAAGGAGAAAGAGAAGAACAAGACGCUUAAAAAUACCAUCACCUGGCUGGAGAACGAGCUCAACCGCUGGAGGAAUGGUGAGAGCGUCCCCGUUGAUGAGCAGUAUGAUAAGGAGAAGGCAAAUGCAGAUGUCCUGGCCCUGGAUAAUGUGGUGAAUAAUGAUAAAUUCACCUCGACUCCCAGCGUACCCGGCCUCAAAUUCACUGACGCUGAGCGUGAGAAGUGUGAGGCUGAGUUGGCCAAACUCUUCAAACAGCUGGACGACAAGGAUGAUGAGAUAAAUCAGCAGUCUCAGCUGGCUGAGAAACUCAAACAGCAGAUGCUGGAUCAGGAGGAGCUGCUGGCCUCAACGAGACGGGACCAUGAUAACCUGCAGGCAGAGCUCACGCGUCUGCAGAUGGAGAACGAGGCAUCUAAAGAGGAGGUGAAGGAGGUGCUGCAGGCCUUGGAGGAGCUCGCAGUCAACUAUGAUCAGAAGAGUCAGGAGGUGGAGGACAAAACUAAGGAGUUUGAGACCCUGAAUGAAGAACUCAACCAGAAAUCUAGCGUUCUUGCAUCAAUUGAAUCUGAGCUGCAGAAACUGAAGGAAAUGACCAACCAUCAGAAGAAGAGAGUCACCGAGAUGAUGUCCUCGCUGCUGAAAGACCUGGCAGAGAUCGGCAUCGCUGUGGGCAGCAAUGACAUUAAGCAUGAGGGUGGAGGACUCAUUGAUGAAGAGUUCACCGUGGCCCGUCUCUACAUCAGUAAGAUGAAGUCGGAGGUCAAGACUCUGGUGAAGCGUAGCAAACAGCUGGAGAGCGCUCAGACUGAGAGCAACAAGAAGAUGGAUGAGAACGAGAAAGAGCUGGCAGCCUGUCAGCUCCGUAUCUCUCAGUACGAGGCGAAGAUCAAGUCUCUAUCAGAGUAUCUGCAAAACAUCGAACAGAAGAAGAGACAGCUGGAGGAAAACGUUGAUUCUCUCAACGAGGAGCUGGUCAAGCUUAGUGCCCAGGAGAAAGUUCAUGCCAUGGAGAAAGAGAAUGAGAUUCAAAGUGCAAAUGAAGUCAAGGCCGCAGUUGAGCAGCAGAUCCAGAACCACAGAGAAGCUCAUCAGAAACAGCUGAGCAGCCUAAGAGACGAGCUGGAGACCAAGGAGAAGCUUAUUACUGAACUGCAGGAUCAAAACCAGAAGAUCAUUUUGGAGCAGGAGCGCUUGAAGGUGGAGCACGAAAAACUCAAAUCCACUGACCAGGAGAAGAGCCGCAAGCUGCACGAGCUCACGGUGAUGCAGGACCGAAGGGAACAGGCCAGGCAGGAUCUCAAAGGCCUGGAGGAGACAGUGGCCAAAGAGCUGCAGACUCUUCAUAACCUGAGGAAACUCUUCGUUCAGGAUCUUGCAACACGAGUGAAGAAGAGCGCUGAGAUGGACUCAGAUGACACUGGAGGCAGUGCAGCACAAAAGCAGAAGAUCUCAUUCCUCGAGAACAACCUUGAACAGCUCACUAAAGUGCACAAGCAGCUGGUUCGGGAUAACGCUGACCUGCGCUGUGAGCUUCCCAAGCUGGAGAAGCGUCUGCGGGCCACGGCGGAGCGAGUGAAGGCUCUGGAGUCUGCGCUCAAAGAGGCCAAAGAGAACGCAGCCCGCGACCGCAAGCGCUACCAGCAGGAAGUGGACCGCAUUAAAGAGGCCGUCAGAGCUAAAAACAUGGCCCGCCGAGGACACUCCGCACAGAUCGCCAAACCAAUCAGACCAGGUCAGCCCCCCGUCGCCUCUCCCACUCACCCUAAUGUCAUCCGCUCAGGGGCGGGGCUCUUCCAAAACAACCAAUCAGCAGGCAUCCGUGGUGGAGGCGGAGUCAAACAGUAAAAUUACUGUCAAACGCUGAAAAUAACCCCAGUAGCCCCAGCUGAAGCUGAUAUCACCCCAAAAAGCUGAACAGGCAUUCCACAGCACGGGAGGGUUCAAUAUUAUACAUAUGAGAAAUGAAUAUAAGUAUAUAUAUAUGUGUAUGAAACAUGAAAUACUAUCCCCGUCUGGGCUGUACAGUUGUUCCUCCAUUCUUAUCUC